UAACGUGCAAGCUAUGCCGCUCUUUUGUAAUUGUUGGUUUGGAAAUGUUUAACGCGUCUGUUUUGGAAACAAACGUCGCAAGCUAUUCAACUGUGAAUGGGUUCGUUAGGCGCUAUUGCAAAUGCACUGUUGAUAUUGACAAACAAAGCCUAGUGCUAGGCUACACAUGGACUUUUUUGACAAGCUGUUGAGAAGGAAUACGUCACACAACAUUGUGGAGUUGCAGUUCCUCUGGCGACCAACAUUCGACAGGUGGCAGUGUAGCGCAACAUUGAGACCACAGGGUAUAAUCCUCUUAGCACUACUCCUUAGCCAUCUGCCUGUGCAGAUCACCACACACUCCCCACAGCAGCAUCACCAUAAGGUUGCUUCCCCUUGGCUACCAUGUAUAAAAUGUAUGACAGUCAGUGGGACGAAGAGAGUGAGGACGAGAAUAGCUCCCUGAACUCCGCUUUCUGGUCCGACGGAGAGGGGGAGGAGGAGAAGGUUGAGCAAUACAACCAGGAAGACACAGAGCCCAACAGAACCACUGAACACGCACAAGAGGAGCCACCUGUCGUAGAGCCACCUGUCGAGGAGAGUCCAAAGGAAACAGAACAGGAGGAGCGUAGAGGAGAAAGGGCUAAGCGGGGCGAAAAGGAAAGGUUUGAUGACGAGGAGGGUUACAGCACUCGUGCUGGGAGCCCGGCGCUGAGCUUAGUGACAUCUGGCUAUGGCACCUACAGGCCAGACUCCUCAGCUAAGGACGACCCGGAGGGAGAAGACUAUCGAGACGACUGUACCAUAGCUGAGUUUGACAGAGAAAGCCAGGGCCUUUCUGAGAUGAGAGAUGGCGAUGAAGACGACCAGUCGCUUGCCAAUUGUGAUGGUGAUGGUAAGGAGGAUACCACUGAUCUACAGAGCUGUGAGGACGCCGGGUUGAGGACAAAGUUGGAAGACAGUCAAAGCCUCUCAAAUAUGGCAUAUUGUGACGAUCAUCCUCCUGUUGAAUUGGAGAGCAAAGACCGCACUGAUGUCAACUACUGUGAAGAUGACUAUGCAUUGGCUCAGACUGAAAAUGACAAGGCAGCAUUAGAUGGGAUAUAUCCUGAAGAUAGUUCUCUCACUGAGUGCAAAGACGAUGAGAGGCCCACUAGAGAAGGAUAUAGUAAGGAAGACGGUAAAGAAGAGAAAGGAGCGGAGGAUGAGCAGGAGAGGGAGGAUCUGGAGUCACUGGCGAGCAAUGAAGAUAUGAAGUUAAUUGAUUCCAAGUCUACUAAGACUUAUAAAGAGUGGGAGGAUAACAGAAGACACAAAAGGGGUGCAGUGAGUGGGCUGGAGGAGCGUCUGGGGUCCAUGUCCACCCACCAGGAGUCUGAGCUGGAGAGUGAGGACGCAGGCAGUCUGAGUGACAGGUCUGAGUCAGACCGUCUCUCUAGUGCCUUCAAAGCCUACAUCAGAGGCAUGGCCAGAUCUCGGAGCGAGAGUGACGUCAGACCCCGGCCCAAGUCGUUUAUCCGCCCAGUGAUGGAUCAUCCUCACACCAAAAACCUGAAGAAGACAGACCCAGUGGCAAAGUAUUUCCAGUACAAGCAGGACUGGGAAAUGUUCAAGGCGCCAGGAGAGAAGGAUAGGAAAGCACUGCACUGGGAGAUCAGGGAACAGCUCACGUACAAACCCCAACCACCGAAGCCUCAGAGAGUAUUUGUGCCCAACACCUACGUGGUGCCUACAGAGAAGAAACGCUCCGCCCUGAGGUGGGAAAUACGACAUGACUUGGCCAAUGGACUCCUACCGCCAACCAACUAUAGACUCUAGGCCUUAUCUACUUUACA